GCAGUAUCGAGCCAUAAGGCCAGGGGCCACUUGCAGGGUGACGCCCGGCAGGCGGUACACGGAACCUGAAACCCGCAGGAAAACGCGGCGCGAUGCUGGGCUUCAACUCUGCGGCUGUGGCGUGCAAGAGGGCCCAGGACUGGCAGGGGGCGCUCCAAGUGCUGCGCGACAUGGACGCUGCCGAAGUCGCGCCGGACGUGGUGCUGUUGAACACCGCGAUGGGCGCCUGUCGCAAAGCGUGGAGGCACAGCCUGGGGAUCUGGCACCAGCUGCGCGAGCGCUCCUUGCAGCCCAGCGCUGUUAGCUUCAGCACCGUGAUGGCGGCGUGUACUUCGAACGGGCACCCGGACAAGGCCCUUGAGAUCUUCGACAGCAUGGCCGAGCUGGACAUGCAGCCGAAUGUGGUCUGCUUCAGCGUGGCGACCACCGCCUGCGAGCGCCGGAAGGACUGGCGCCUCACCUUGGCCCUGCUGCGGCGGAUGGAGGAGGAACGCCAGCGGAUGGAUCUGGUGCACAUGAACUCGGUCAUCAGCACCAUGGAGAAAUGCGGCCAAUGGGCCUGGGCCCUUUGGAUCUUGAAAGCCAUGCCGAAGUCGGUGACCCCGGAUGUGAUCAGCUACAACGCUGCCAUCAGCGCCCAGGGCACGAGCCGCUGGCAGCACGCCUGGCUCUUGCUGGAGGAGAUGCGGCUUGCGCGCCUGCAGCUGGAUGUGAUCUCCUUCAGUGCCGCCAUCACCGCCAUGGCCAGGUCCUGGCGCCGCGGAUGCUGGCUCCUGGCGCAGAUGCGCAGCGAGGGUCUGGCGCCCAAUGGUCCAGCACUGGUGGGAGCGGGCGGCCUGGGCCAUUGGCAAAGGUCGCUGGAGGUGCUGCAGGAGCUCCGCAGCUUUCCGCCCAGCCUGCCGGGCUUUGGCGCGCUGUGCCGCGCCUGGGCGGCUGGAAACCACUGGCAGCAGGUGCUGGCGCUGCUGGAGGAGCUGCCGAACAAGCGCUUGGAGGCGAACAUCAUCAUUUACAACAACCUGCUCAAAUCCCUGGAGGGCGGCUCUCGUUGGGAAGCUUCCCUGGCAUUACUGGAGGAUUUGCCGCGCCGCAGCAUGCAGGCAGACGCUGUGUCCUACUGGAGCACGAUGGACGUGUUUCUGGGCGCCGGCUGCUGGAACCAGACACUGCAGUUGCUUCAGGAGAUGACUCGCCUGAGCCUGGCAGCCCACGUGACCACAGUGGACGAAGUCUACGAUCACAACGAGCAAGCCGGUAGCAUCGUUGACUGCUUCAAGCACUGCGUGCUUGUUCUGUUGCUGCAGCGCUUCCUGGUGGAUGAACGCCCCUUCACCUACGUCGACACACAUGCAGGGCGCGGCAUUUACGACCUCCAUUCUGCUGAAGCCGGUGAGUGGGGCAACUUCAUACGCGGCAUCAACGUGCUUGAGAGGACGUCGAGCUCCGCGCCUUUGGCCAUCGCCCAGUUUUUGGCUCGGAUCCGACACUUCAACCGAGAAAGCGCCAGGUUCUACCUUGGCUCCCCCAUGCUGGCGCGGGCGUUCCUUCGGCCGCACGACUCCGCUUGGUUUCUGGAAGCCUCGGGUUCAGUGUUCCGCGCUCUAAAGCAGAGUGUCUCGCCCGCGCCCGAUAGCAUCCACACCGUGCACGCAAAUUCAUACACCUGGCUUCAGGAUGCUGCACUGGAUGGACGAGUUUUGGUACUGAUCGAUCCGCCCUACGAGCCCUACAACGAGUACUUGACUUUGAACCUCGCGGCUGUCCAGAGGCUCCACCAAGCGCUGCCGGAGAGCUGUGUAGCGAUGUGGUACCCGCUGUCAGACCCCGAGCAGCGGCAAAGCUUACGCCUGCGACUCGAGGCCUUGGAGUUGCCGAUGCUCAUCGCCGAGCUCUUCCCCGCGACCUUGGCGCGCGGCCGCGGCGCUUUGCUGGGCUCCGGGCUGGCGAUCCUCAACCCACCCGAAACCGCUGAAGUGAAGAAGGUCCUCAAGUAUCUUCAGGAGACCUUCGCCGCAGACAUGGAGAUCGCUUGUUUCAGGCUGUGAUCUCCAGUGGAGAUCUAAUGAAGCCCAUGCGCUUCAAGCAAGUCGGACAGAGACCUGAGUCCAAUCCAAAUCGUUGCGGCAAAGAACUCGGC